GGCCUUAAACUCUGGAGUUGAGUACCACUGGGACCAGCUGAAUGAGAAUGUCUUCGCUGUGCAUUCCAGCAGCAGGAGCACUGAGCGGCCUGGAACCAGCAGAGCCACAUGGAGGACAGACAGGGACAUGGGCCUGAUGAAUGCCAUAGGCCUGCAACCCCGAAACCCCCCCACCUCUGUGACUUCGCAGGGUACCCAGACCUUGGCACCUCAGCUUGCCGAGACUCAGACAGAGAGGGAGGUACAGGAGCAGGAAUCCGCCUCUGCAGGGACUGGGGAAGGUGAAGGUCCAGAAUAUGGGGCCAGUGGGGAGGAUGCCCUGAGUAGGAUCCAAAGGCUGAUGGCAGAAGGUGGCAUGACUGCUGUGGUCCAGCGGGAGCAGAGCACCACCAUGGCGUCCAUGGGCGGCUUUGGCAACAACAUCAUUGUGAGCCACCGGAUCCACCGCAGCUCUCAGACUGGUGCAGAGUCCACCAGAGUUGAGGGCACAUCAGCACAGCAGUCCACCUCACAGCAGCUGGCAGCUGAGCUGGAGGGACGGAUCCUUUCAGAGUCUAUGCAGCUGUCGGAGCAUGGCCUGAGCCCGCGGACAGCCCCUAGCGGGAGUGAAGGACAAAGCGCUGGUGAUCUGGACCUGCCAGAGCAGGCCCAGUCCUCCAUGGACACUGAGGGACCAAUUGAAUACAGUGACCUAACUAAUAAUAACCAUCUUCCUGACAGUACCAACUUCUAUAGUAAUGACAGCACCAGUGGGGAGUCGCGGAACAGGUAGAGAUUGAGUUGUGUGUUGGUGCUACCCUUGUACUGCUCAGCAGAGACCUGUACCUCACAGCUGGCCAGGAGCUGGAAGAGUAGGACGUGUGGCUCUGACAGGAUGCUGGUUGUUAAGAGGGCUUCUCUGUGCUGGGUGAGUGGGAAGGGAUAAGGACUGCAAGGGAAGCCAUGGGGAAGAAAGCGUACUUAACUUCCAACAUUCCCACUGCUGAAGAAUUAACAGGAAUAUGAACCAUACUAGCUGCACGUCAUGCAGAUUUUGAAGCCUCAUGGGAUCCCCUGAGCUGAGCCCUAACCCUGCAAUUCGGCCAGUGUCAUCCUUUGUAAAGCUUCUUUCCUUUCCUCUUUCCUGCCCUUUUAUGCCCAGGGGCUGAUCAGUAGAGUGAAGAAAGGGAAGGGGGCCUGCAGCAUCCUUGUGGAGACAGGCAGUCCUACUGGGCAAACCUGGGUGUGAUGCUCCAGCUCCAUUGCUGGAGUGGAGGAGUCUUCCAGGCCACAGUCACGCUCCUUGGCACAUCACUGCUCCCCCCUCAGAUCAGGGUGUUCUGAGACCCGUCCUGCCUGCAUUGUCGUUUCUGGGAAGAACUGGGCUUUGCCAAAACCUGCAUGGCUCAGGAUCUGCUCACAGGUGGGGAUCUUUCCUUUUUAGAGAGUUAGUUUAGUGCUUGGCAGGAACCUAAGCAGAGCUGCUCUAUAGAUGGGUAGAGGGACAGGGGCUACUGCUGUCUAGUCAGGAUGCAGUUCACGCAAGGAUGUUCUAAGCUGUGCCAAUAUUAACAUGAAUGAGCCAUCCCAGUGCUUUCAUGGUGCCAGGACUGAGCUGCACCUCCUUGGCAGAGGGCAGGAAAUGCCUUUCAGCUCCAGGCCAGGGUGUGAGGUAUGGGUCUGUGAUGUAAGGUGUUGCAUGUGAAAUCUUGACCUUGUACAUGUAGUU